AUGCCUGUAAGCGGGCGUCUCCAGUCACAUUAUAGACCAGCGCAAGAGCGCGACUUUCACAAAUACGUCCCGAGCGACCAUUCCGCCUCGCAGUAUGCGCCGUUCGAUCAUGCCGGCCGCGAGACCUUCGUCCCACAGGCAUCUCGCGAUUCAGCCUUGAAUUCCUUUGCUCAGCUAGGCACUUUUCGACUCGGAACCGAGCGCGCUUUGAUCUCCCUUUUUGAUCGCACACAUCAGCACAUCAUCGCAGAAGCCACCCCUUCUUUAAGUCUGAUCGGUGGCAAUAUGCAAGAUGACCGGGACAGGUUACGACUCGGAUGUUGCGUCCUUCCCAAGGACAGAGGAUUCUGUCAUCACGUGGAGGGGUUGCCGUCUGAGCAUUACAACGAACACGAUAAAGUGGUUGAAUUGGGCUACUUGGUGGUGAACGAUGUGAGCAAGGACGAGCACUUCAGACCCCAAAAUCUCCUUGACGCACUGUCCGACGUGCGCUUCUAUGCGGCUGUGCCGAUUGUGAGCCCACGGGGUUCCAUCAUUGGUGCAUACUGCGUGAUGGACAGUAAGCCAAGGACAGAGGCCCUCAACCAGAAUGAUUUGCGAUUUAUGAAGGACAUGGCCGCGACUGUGAUGGAGCACUUGGUACUGGAACACUCCAGGCGCAAGAAUAACCAGGCUGAACUAAUGAUUGUCGGCCUUGGCAGCUUUGUUGAGGGCCGAUCCACCCUUCGGCAUUCGUGGCGAGAAGCCAAUGCGCAAUACGCUGCCUCUGAGCAAUCUGGAGAGACGACAGAAGGGCAGUUGGAUAUCCAGCAACAAGAUUUACAACGCCUGAGCGAAGACGAAACCGAAGGGAAGCACGCGGCUGCCAAGCCCACCAGACGCCUUUCAAAUGGCGCAAGGUCGCGCUCAAACAACAGGGCCCCGGAGGCCCAACGCGCGGAAGAACCAGAAAGGGAGGCAUCGAACGAAAAGGUUCAAGUUGUUCGCAGUGUUCUCGCAGGCGAACAAUUAGACGAUGAUACAUUCGCGAACAGUGUGAAAAAGAUAUUCUCUCGUGCGGCAAAUCUGAUUAGAGAGUCGAUCAGAGCGGAGGGUGUUUUGUUCCUUGAUGCGAACCGCGAGCGCUUCGGCAGCCUUGUCAAACAGAACACCCGCAAAGUUUCUGGGCCAAUUUCCAAAGAACCGGCAUCAAGCGGUGACGACAGCAGCGAGUCAACUAAUUCGUCCAAACACAACUUAUCUGACGGUGACACCGACGGCACACGUGCAAGUGAAUGCCUGGGGUAUUCGAGCUCAAGAAUGUCUAGCAUCAACGACAAGACUAGAGCUGCCUCAGCGGUUGUGGUACCAGAAUCGCUCUUCACCUCGCUCAUUCGGCGAUAUCCUCGGGGGAAGAUCUUCACCUACAACGCUGACGGUUCCGUUUCGGAGAACAGCGACAGCGCGCGAAUGCCGCCGUCUCGACCCGAGCCCGGGACCCGAAGCACUGAACCAGGCACCGAUGAUCAACGUCCAGCAAACAAAGAGCGACGCAAGCCCACUUUCCAGAAGGACGCGAAUGAUUUGAUCAAAUUAUUCCCGGGUGCCAGGAACAUCCUUCUGCUGCCUAUUUGGGAUUCCGACAAGGAUAGAUGGUUUGCCGGAACGCUGGUGUGGACGAAAGAUCCGGAGCAUAUAUUCACAUUCGAGAAUGAGCUGGCCUAUAUCUCUGCUUUUACGAACAGCAUCAUGGCAGAGGUCCGUCGAGUCGACGUGGAGCUUGCAGAAAAGGCUAAAACCAAUGUGGUCAGCAGCAUCACCCAUGAGCUUCGGAAUCCACUCCACGGCAUUUUGGGCACGGCAGAUAUCUUGAGUGACACGGCUAUGAAUGCUCUGCAGCAUGGAAUGGUACACACCAUCGAAUCCUGUGGUCGCACUCUGCUGGACACUAUCAACAACUUGCUUGAUCUCACCUUCAUUUCCAAGUAUCAAAAGAGACAGCCCAGUCGGAAGAGCAGGCGAGGAAAGAAGGCAUCGGCCAGUCCUGCCCCAUCAAAAGACUUCGAUCGCGCGCGAACGAAAGAUGGAGAUGGCGGAGGCAACCUUUCGUCUACGCAUGUUGAGUUGGAUAUCAUACUCGAGGAGGUUGCAGAAUGUGUGUUUGCCGGAUACAGUUUCUAUACCCACCCAGAGGCGCCACCGCCUGCCUUGACUGAUUCUUCUUCACGAUGGGCCGGCCCUGCCAGCAAAGACGAUCAAGUUGGUCCGCGCGCAAGCCACGUCACGAUCAUCUUCGAUAUUCAGCCGAACACCAAAUGGGACUUCAACACACACGCCGGUGCAUGGCGACGUAUCCUCAUGAACGUUUUUGGCAAUUCCCUGAAAUAUACUCCUUCGGGGUAUAUUUAUCUUGGCUUAAGUUCGGUUCCACGCGACUCUGGAUCCUCCAAGGAGUCGUCCGAGAAAGAGGAGCAAGAAUUCGAAGUCAUCCUGACAGUGAGGGACACUGGACAAGGCAUCGGUCCGCAAUUUUUGCAAGAUGGCCUUUUCACCCCAUUUUCACAGGAAAACCCGCUUGCCUCUGGAAGCGGACUUGGAUUGAGCAUCGUUCGGCAGGCUGUUUCAUUCCUCGGCGGUUCGAUCGAGAUUGAGUCGACCCAAGGUGUUGGAACUACCCUUACUAUUCGCACACCACUUAUGCGGUCGUCGGAUGACUCGGAUGCCGCGUCUUCGAGCUCUGUGUUCAGUUCCCUGCAAAGUCACACACAGGGAAAGACGAUUGGAUUCCUUGGCUUUGGCUCGUCUCUUCGCUCCCAACGAGAUAAAACCCUGUAUUCAUCUUUGGAGCGUCUGUGCCACGACUGGUUCGGCAUGGAAGCGACCAAUGUGACGCCCAAAGGGAACGAGAAUGAGCGAUACGAUUUCUACCUGGCUGUGCAGACAGAGCUGGACUGUGAGGAUACACAGGGAAGAGACCUGUUCGGUCUCAGUCAAUAUCUCGUCAACAGAGACGGUUCAUCCGCACCUGUUGUUGUUAUUUGCCAAUCCCCGGAGGAAGCUCACAGAAUGUUUGUUACAGCGCAGAACCGUGACGAGAGCUCUCACUUUGAAUUUAUUAGCCAACCAUGUGGGCCUCGCAAGUUAGCACGUGCGUUGGACAUCUGUAUCAAAAGGCAGCUUGAUCAGCCCUCUGGACAAGGCAGUACGGAUGCGCCCACACGAUGGGUGGAAAUGCCUCAGUCUUCCCGCCUUCCAGUCGACGUUGCGCCCAGUUAUGCGCCCAAAGAGAGAGUCAAAAUCAGCAAGCGCCCGACGGCCGAUACAAUGGGGACCCCCGAACACGAAAGCGGUCGAGCUCCGCCAUAUGAGCGCACACUAGAAGAACGUCCACGUCCAAGCUCGCAGGAUGCAAUGCCCUCCACGUCACCCAGGGAAAUCAACAAUGAGUCAGAGCCAUGUGUCUUAUUAGUGGAUGACAAUCAACUCAACCUCCAAUUGCUAUGUGCCUACACCAAGGGCAAACAUCCAUACACCACGGCUCGCAAUGGAGCAGAAGCAGUCGAGUUGUAUAAGGCCCAUCCCGGUAAAUUCCGGAUCGUUAUAAUCGUACUGACGAGACCAGAUAUCUCAAUGCCGGUUAUGAACGGCUUCCAAGCUUCCCAGGAAAUCCGCCGGCUAGAGAAAGAGCACCGAGCAGGCAUGUCGAAAUCUGCGCAGCAAACGUCGCCGAAAACAUUCAUCGCCGCAUUAACUGGACUUGAUAGUCCUGAUGCUCAGAAGGAGGCCUUUGGGUCUGGCAUCGACACAUUUCUUAUCAAGCCUGUUAAGAAGGCAGAGUUGCUGGAGAUCCUGAAGCGGAUGAAGAAUUAG